GUGCAGGUCAGCACAGAGGUUUAAGAAGAGCGAUCUACCGACCAAAACUCAGCUGCUGAAUCAUGGAGCUGAAACGAUCCAGAACGGCUUAUUGGAUUCUAUGCAUUAUUUUACUGACAAUUUCUCUCUUCAGUGCUACAAGAGCUGCCUGUUCUAAUGUCAAGGAACCAAGUGAAAUUGUUCCACAAAAGGGAAGGUUCUAUAAACCUGAUAAUUGUAACUCAUCAAUACUUGACAAUGAUAUUAAGCAUCAUUUGCAAUCUUCUGUUACAACUAUCAUUAUUCCAGCUGUAUACACCUUGGUGUUGGUCUUGGGACUUCCAGCAAAUCUCAUAGCCCUCUGGGUCCUCGGAUUCAAGUCCAAGAAGAUGCCAUCUACACUUCUACUAAUUAACCUGGCUGCUGCUGACUUGCUGUUUAUGUUAGCCCUACCUUUUAAAAUAAUAUAUUACUAUCUUGGAAACAACUGGAUUUUUGGGGAUAUCCCCUGUGGGGUUGUCACAGCAAUCUUCUAUGGAAACAUGUAUUGCUCUGCAUUAUUCCUUAUGGCCAUUAGCAUUGACCGCUACAUCGCUCUGGUCCAUCCAUUUUCAAAAAAAUGCUUAAGAGGAUGGGGAUCUUCAGUUGGUGCUGCUGUUGUAAUUUGGCUUGUGGUAGCAGCAGGAAUGUCUGCAUUUCUCAUUGUCCCACAGACUAAAACAUUUCGAAUACCAAAUAUCACCACAUGCAAUGAUGUCUAUCCCCUCUGCACUGGCUACGACUGGUACAGAAUUUAUUUCCUUGGACUUUUCUCUAUAGGAUUUGCCCUCCCAUUGGCUGUAAUCUUGUUCUGUUACAUGUCAAUUCUUGUAGUGUUAAUAAAGAGCAGAGGAUCUCAUAGACAUGUGAUAAAAAUAAUCAUCUUGGUACUUAUUACAUUCAUCCUCUUCUUCACUCCGAGCAACAUUUUGCUUUUACUUCAUUACCAGGAGAACCAAUGGGAAUGUCACAACCAACUCUACUUUUGGUAUGUGAUUGCAUUGUCCUUAACCUCUAUGAACAGCUGUACUGAUCCUGUCCUUUACUAUUAUAUGUCAGAAGACUUCCAGACUCUGGCGAAGGCCACGUUUUGUGGUAGCAAAGAAAAAAACAACAGCUUACUAGCAAGUACCAAAAGUUCUAAACUGUACUCAUCUUCAGAUAACAAGCAGUCAGUAAGAACGGAUUCUUAGCAAGCACGACAUGAACUCACAUCUGAUAAUACUGACUAAUUAACAAGAACUUCUGGAUUACAAAUGAAUUAUUACCAGAUAAUUAUAUCAAAUCAUGAAGCAUCGUGUCAUGUUUUUAAGGAGGGGUGGAAACAAGUGACUAAUAUAAAACUCUAUCUAUUAUAAACUCUUUAAACUCUAAUCUAUUAUAUGUUAUAUAGUUUGAUUCCUGACAUGCAGUAAAAUAGUGGGGCUAAUGUAUGAAAAUAAGCAAGUUCACAUAACUUAUUUUGACAAGUUAAAAUACAUGUAAGACAUGGUUACUGUAUGUAAAUAAGAAUGUUUUUAAAAGAAAUGUUGCAUAUAUUUUGAAAAAUUACUGAACAUAAGUUAUGAGGUAUUGCUAAGCAUAGUGGCCCCAAGAUGUUGCACUCUAUCAUUAUGUAUUGUGCAAUUUCGCAAGGGUAAGUACAGAUCGGGCAGCUGGUGAUGAGCAUUUCCUUCAGCAAAUAGCAACAUGGCAAACCCUUUACCCCAUUAAUGGAAGUCAUUUGGAGGGGUUGGACUUGAUGGACAAUUUUUCAGCCCAAAUAUUUUAUGUAAUCGUACAACUAAUGAGGGCAACGUUCCUUUAAUCGCUUUUCAGCACGUUAACCGUCUUGUAAAAAAUGACAAAUCAUUAGUCUUAUCCUUAUAAAAUAUUGCCGCUCAGAUGAUGUGCAGCACCAACAAAGCUGCAGUGUGUAUUGCUGUGUUGAUUGUAAAGUUAAUUGUAAAGUGAUACUGGAUGAAUUUAUGGUUUUAUGGGUAAUUAUUAUACAGUAAGCAAACUAGUCAGACACUUUUUAUUUUCUUAAUUGCUUUUAAAUAUAAAAAGUUAUUAAAGUCCAAUAAAAUUGGUAUUGCACAAUGAAA